GUUUGAGAUUGUCCUGUGAUGGAGGAAGUUCAGAGAAGUUUAAAUUCCAUUUCUCCUUUUUUGUCUAAGACUUAUAUGAUGGUUAGUGAUCCUUCCACUAAUGCCAUUGUUUCAUGGAGUUCUACUAAUCGGAGUUUCGUUGUUUGGAAUCAACCUGAUUUUUCGAAGAAUUUGUUGCCUAAAUUCUUUAAGCAUAAUAACUUCUCGAGUUUCGUAAGACAGCUUAACACCUAUGGCUUUAGAAAGGUUGGUCAUGAACAAUGGGAAUUCGCAAACGAAGAUUUUGUAAGAGAUCAACCACAUCGUUUGAAGAAUAUCCACAGGCGCAAAGCAGUUUUUAGCCAUUCGCGUAAUGCUAAUGGCCAACGGGCGGCUGGUGCUGCUCCAUUAACAGAAUCAGAACGUCGGAAUUAUAAAGCUCAGAUAGAAAAACUUAAGCAGGAAAAAGAACAACUGCUGAUCGAACGUCAGAAGCAAGAAGAGGAGUGGAAACAGAAUGAGAUGCAGUUGCAUUACUCGAAGGAUCGCUUGCAACAGCUGGAACUGAAUCAACAAAGUUUGCUCGCUUCAGUUGGUCAAGUGCUGCAGAAAUCGGCGGAGGAUACAAGUCUUCAGCCACUGUCGGGAGACACUGGCAGAAAACGAAGUUAUCUGCCAAAUGCUCCCUUUAAUGAUUUAUCUAGCAUUGAAACUCGGAAGGAAACUUCUCCUGAGUUAGCUAGAGAAAAUGCUGAGAGUAUGACCGUUCUCUCUGUAAACAUGGAACGAUUGGAUCUGCUCGAAUCAUCGUUGUCGUUUUGGGAGAAUUUUGUAAAGGAAGUUAGCGACACAUCUCAUGAAACUCGUUCGAACUUAGACUUUGAUGAUUCGAUGAAUCGUGCUCAUAGUCCCGUAAUGUCUGGUGUGCAAAUAGGCUUUGAAGAUCAGCCCGAGUCAUCAGGAAACGAAAUAAACUCGCUGUUAGAUAUAGUCGAUAUUCCUGAUCUCGAUCCUCUUGAACUUGACCUGGACGAUAUCUUUGUUCAUGAUCCCGUUGCACCCGAGCCAGCUAUUAUCGCGGUUCCUGAUCCCGAUCCUGUUGCACCUGAGACAGCUUUUAUCGUGGUUCCUGAUUCCCCUGCACCUGAGCCGGCUGUUACCGCGGUUCCUGAUUCAGUUGCACCCGAGCCACCUGUUAUCAACAUUCCUGAUUCCCCUGUACCAGAGCCGGCGGUUACAGUAAUUCCCGACUCUGCUGCACCGAACGAACAGGCUGCCGCAACAACCCUGGGUACUAAUGAAUUUAAUAUACCAUUUUGGCAAAAACUGUUGAUGGAAAACCCUGAUGAGGAUGAAUCAGAAAGUGCUUCUGAACUUAGCAAAUAUUGCUGGAGCCGCAGGAGUCUUAAGCCCCGUCAAAUUGAUAAAGCAGGGAAAGCUUAGAUGAAAUAGAUCAUUCCUUUUAGCUUUUGAUUCUAUGAAAUUACAUGUAAUAAUUUCAGGUAUAUGCAUUGUUGGCUCUUCUACAUAUGCAUUGUUCGAAGCUGUGAUCUGGAUGCCGAGACUUCAAAAUCCUUUAUAUUGCUUACCGCAGUUUAAAACUAUGUUACUAUGACAAUAUUUUGUAUGUUUUUGCAUGGCUGCAAUGUUUUUUUGUAAGAAUAAAAUCUAGGCUAGAUUACUGGAUUUAUAUUGAGUAUGUUUGGAUU